AUUGAUCUCUUUGCUUCUAGACUGAAUGCUCAAGUGACUCGUUUCUGCUCCUGGAAACCUGACUCACAUGCAGAACAUUUUGAUGCCUUUUCCAUCUGCUGGUCACAGUUUGACCUAAUCUACCUUUUCCCACCCUAUGCUCUGAUUGCCAGGUGCCUACAGAAAAUUCAAGCAGAGUCAGCGAAGGGGUGGAUGGUGUUGCCUCUCUAGCCGUCCCAGGCCUGGAUGAGGACUCUACUCACUUUGCUGGUCAAGGAACCACAGCUGAUUCCGAGGGGGGCACACGUCUUGCGUCACCCAUUGACGGAGGAGGAACACCCCAUUCUCCGACACACCCGACUGAUGGCUUGCCUCUUAUCUGGCAAUGUCUGUGAGACAGGCAUUUCUCAUGCAGGUACGGACAUCAUCCUUGCCUCCUGGAGACCUGCGACUGCGAGGCAGUACCAGCCAUAUGUCAACAGGUGGCUACAGUUUUGUAGUAGCCGGAACAUCGAUCCCUUUGCUCCCACUGUAACUGAUGUUGUGAAUUUUCAGUCUGUCACUUUCCACAGAGGUGUUGGUUAUACUUCAAUCAACACUGCCAGGGGUGCACUUUCCUCCCUGGGGAUUACUUUGGAUGGUUGCAGUGCAGGAAGCCAUCCUCUUGUCACCAGGUUCUUAAGGGGAGUUUUUAACUUGCGGCCGUCUGUCCCUAGGUAUAAAAGAACUUGGGAUGUUCAGCAGGUUCUACAGCAUCUGCGUGCCAUGGAUCCUUUGUCCUCCCUCUCUUUAAAGGACUUAACACUGAAGCUUGUGAUGUUGGUGGCACUUACGCAGGCUGCCAGGAUACAAACUUUGCACAGUUUGUUGCUGAGGAAAAUUAGUUUUGGGCAGGAUUCUGUUUGUGUUUGGUUAGGGGAAACUAUUAAACAGUGCAGGCCAAAGUUCAAUUUGCGGUUUGUGACCUUUAAAGCAUAUUCUACAGACAUUAGAUUGUGUGUGUGUGAAACUCUGAAAAUGUAUAUUGCUAAGACAGAGGAGUUCAGAAAUUCUGCAAAUCAGGAGAAUGGGAAGUUACUCCUAAGUUUUAUCAAGCCCCACAAGCAUGUAACGAGGGACACUGUUGCAAGAUGGAUUCGAACAGUGCUCUCUCUGUCGGGCAUAAACUCCAGCCAGUAUUCAGCAGGCAGUGUUCGGCCUGCAGCUGCAUCAAAAGCCAAAGCCAUGGCUCUACCGAUUGGACACAUCAUGGCAAGGGCUGGGUGGUCCAGGGCUGCCACUUUUGCCUAA